AUGAGUACAAUUCCAGCUGACGGAAUCUUGGAAAGACCAUAUCGUUCAAGAAAAACCAGACCUUGUGACAAUUGUCGACUUCGGAAAGCAAGGUGUGUAGUUGAAGUUGUAGGGAAUUCUUGUGCGUUAUGCCUAACACUCAAAAUCCCUUGUACGUAUCACUUACCGCCCAUAAAACGCAAUAAAUCUAAGAAAAGAUCUGACUCUGUUUCUGAUGAAUUGACUCUUGAAGUUCCAUCUUAUUCCGAUACUUACCAUAAUAGUAAGCCAUUACCUGCUCACAGCGCCCAGCGUUUACUCAAAGUUCCCGAAAGCGUAGGCGCAUCAGCAUCUACCAAAGCACCUAUCAACAGUCAUGACAAACAAGGUCCUCCAAGGGUUCCUUUGAACAUGGCAGGGAUUACAGAAAUGUAUCAUACUUCUGACGAUAAAUUUGACAAAUUGGGUCUGGAUAUAUCCCUUAACUAUCCGUAUGUAUUGGGCCCUACUUGUGAUUCUGAUAUAGACUUGAUUCGUGAAUAUUUUUCUUUUCAAGAUGGUGUAUGUUCUUUUGAUAAUAUGACUCUGAAGUAUGUCUCUUCCAACUCGAGAUCUCCCGUUAUGUAUAUUCUUGACCCUGCAUAUGAGAACGACCGCCAUAGCGAUUUUGCUCGCUAUGAGCGUGCAUUGCACGACCUUUUGACUACCUAUGUAGAUGAAACGACAGGCCGCACACUAGUUGAUUUGUAUUUUACUCAUAUUCAUCCCGCGUAUCCCAUUCUUCAUGGGCCACGUUUCCUCCUUUCCUACAAAAACGGCGCAAGGAACGUUCCUUCUAUCCUUUUGGCCGCUCUGUAUUCUUUAUCAUUAAUUUAUUGGAGCAAAGAUCCGAGGCUUUCUAAUGUUCCUCCUUUAGAUCAGCGAAAGAUGUGGAAUUUGGUUGAAGACGGCUUGAACUUUCAUUUUACUCAACCACGAUUGAGUACCAUUCAAGCAGCUUUGUUGUAUUUAAUUGGACGUCCCCUUUCUAAUAUGUACAGUCUUACAAGUAUCCUAUCGCGAACGACGGUUUUGUCGCAAUUGCUGGGAUUCAAUCAUGAUUGUACAAACUGGGAGAUUCCAAACGAAGAAAAAACUAUUCGAAAAAGGAUAUGGUGGGCGAUAUUUAUUGCAGAUAAAUGGUAUUCCAUGUAUUUUGGUUUAGCAACGAAUAUUCAUGAAGAUGACUAUGUCGUUCCUAAAAUCGAUUCUAAUGAGACAUUACCUCUUGAAAUAACUUCUUCCGUGUCUUUUAAAACUUUUCUAAUAAUGGUAGAACUCAGUAUGAUUUUGCAGGACAUAUUGCAAGACUUGUUUACGAUUCGAGCUUUAAGCAAGCAUUACAACAACAAUCGCUCUAUUUCCUACCAGAUUACCGGGUUCUUUAGUCGUUUGAAUUCCGCGCGCCCUUCAAAGUUUGAAGAAUCUGGACUAGGAGCUGCAUCACUAAUGAUUCAAUUUGACGCGGUAGAAAUUUUAUUAUGGAAAACCGCGCUCCGGUUUCAUUUGCCGGAAUUUCAAUCGGAGGAUUUAUUUGUAUGUGUUGAACAAGCGAUUUCAAAUUUCAUUGAUAUCUCGCCUGAUUCGAUAGCUGACUUUUUCUGGCCGUAUGCUGGGUUCCAUUUAUCAACGCUCGUAUCGCUUUUGAUUCGGCUUCAUUUGGAUUUCCAUGAAAGCAAUACGUAUGGAGCGAGAGCCUUCUCUUUAUUAGAUGCUUUUUUGAGACACUGUGUAACGCUUCAUACGGCUGGCUUUGACAUUGUUGAAAUGGCGAUUGGUCGUUCGUCUUCUUUGCUAAAAGAGUUAGGCAAACGAUAUCCUCAUUUAUCGGCUCUAUGGGACAAUGUUUUCCAAUUGGAUGAUUCACUGGGACCCGAUUUUUUUCAACUAGCCCAUGAACAAGCAUUCGAUCCAUGGAACCCUGAAGCGUGGUCAUUUUCUCGACCAUGA